AUGGCGGUGGCGGGCGGUGACGCCGCUGUCCCCGCAGUGGACGAUGUGCAGGUCUCCUGUUACCGCAUCCUGUGCAGCAUCUACAGCCUGGGCACCGCCCGCGGGCCCCUCGUCGACAGACAGCGGCCGGCCCUGGGGGAGUGCCUGGCCCGCCUGGCCGCUGCGAUGCCGGUGGCGUUCCUGGAGCCGAGGCUGAACCACCUGAACCCCAGCUCCGUCUACAGCACCAAGAGCGCCCGCGAGCGCGCACUCCUGGGUCUCCCGCCCCGCGUUGAAGACCUGUGUCCCGACCUGCCGGACCUGGAGCGGCUGAUGGGUGACAUCGGCGGGCUGGCGGCGUCGGGGGCGCGCUACACGGAGAUGCCGCACGUGAUCGAGGUGACGCUGCCCAUGCUGUGUCACUACCUGCCCCGCUGGUGGGAGCGCGGCCCCGACGCCGCCCCCCAGGGCCCCUGGGCCACCGAGGUCACCGGGCAGCAGCUGAACGCGCUGCUGGGCCACAUCCUGCGCAUCGUGGUCAACAACCUGGGCAUCGACGAGGCCUCCUGGAUGAAGAGGCUGGCGGUUUUCGCGCAGCCCAUCGUGAGCAAGGCGCGCCCGGAGCUGCUGCGCUCGCACUUCAUCCCGACGCUGGGGCGGCUGCGGAAGCGCGCGGGGAAGGUGGUGGCCGAGGAGGAGCAGCUGCGGCUGGAGGGCAAAGCCGAGGGCGAGGACGCCGAGCUGCUGAUCCGCGACGAGUUCUCGGUGCUGUGCCGCGACCUCUACGCGCUCUACCCGCUGCUCAUCCGCUACGUGGACAACAGCCGGGCCAAGUGGCUGACGGAGCCCAACGAGGACGCGGAGGAGCUGUUCCGCAUGGUGGGCGAGGUCUUCAUCUACUGGUCCAAGUCUCACAAUUUCAAGCGUGAGGAGCAGAACUUUGUGGUGCAGAACGAGAUCAACAACAUGUCCUUCCUGACGGCCGACAGCAAGAGCAAGAUGGCCAAGGCGGGUGGCUCUGACCAGGAGCGCUCCAAGAAGCGCCGUCGCGGUGACCGUUACUCGGUGCACACCUCGCUCAUCGUGGCCACCCUGAAGAAGAUGCUGCCCAUCGGCCUCAACAUGUGCUCACCUGCCGACCAGGAGCUGAUCGCACUGGCCAAGGGACGCUACGCCCUGAAGGACACGGACGAGGAGGUUCGGGAGUUCCUGCACAACAACCUGCACCUGCAGGACAAGGUGGAGAACACGGGCUCGGCCAGGUGGCAGAUGGCCCUGGUGCGCCAGGCCGGCCGUGACGAGGACAGCGGUGACAGCCCCGAGCAGGUCGUGCGCAGGGUGCAGGAGGUGUCGGCCGUGCUCUAUCACCUGGAGCAGACGGAGCACCCCUACAAGUCCAAGAAGGCCGUGUGGCACAAGCUGCUCUCCAAACAGCGGCGCCGCGCCGUCGUCGCCUGCUUCCGCAUGACCCCCCUGUACAACCUGCCCAGGCACCGUGCCUGUAACAUGUUCCUCGAGUCGUACCGGCUCUCGUGGCUGGGCCGGGAGCAGCCGCCCUUCGAGGACCGGAUGAUCGACGACCUGUCGAAGUCGGGGCGCGAGGAGGAGGAGGAGGAGGAAGAGGCGGAGGCGCGGCCGGACCCCCUGCACCAGCUGAUCCUGCACUUCAGCCGCACCGCCCUCACCGAGCAGAGCCACCUGGAGCAGGAUCACCUGUACAUGGCCUACGCCGGGAUCAUGGCCAAGAGCUGUCACAUCGAGGAAGAGGAGGAGGAGGAGGAGGAAGAGGAGAAGGAGGAGGAAGCCGAGGAUUCAUUUGAGGAGAAGGAGAUGGAGAAGCAGAAGCUGCUGUCGCAGCAGGCGCGGCUGCACACGCGGGGGGCGGCCGAGAUGGUGCUGCAGAUGAUCAGUGCCUGCAAGGGUGAGCGGGGGGACAUGGUGUCCUCCACCCUCAAGUUGGGCAUCUCCAUCCUCAACGGGGGCAACGCUGACGUGCAGCAGAAGAUGCUGGAGUACCUCAAGUCCAAGCGCGAGGUCGGUUUCUUCCAGAGCGUGCAGGCCCUGAUGCAAACCUGCAGCGUGCUGGACCUGAACGCGUUCGAGCGGCAGAACAAGGCCGAGGGGCUGGGCAUGGUCACCGAGGAGGGGACGAGGGAGAAGGUGAUGUCGGACGAUGAAUUCACCCAGGACCUGUUCCGGCUGCUGCAGCUGCUCUGCGAGGGCCACAACAACGACUUCCAGAACUACCUGAGGACGCAGACGGGGAACACGACCACCAUCAACAUCAUCAUCUGCACCGUGGACUACCUGCUGCGCCUGCAGGAGUCCAUCAGUGACUUUUACUGGUACUACUCGGGCAAGGACGUCAUCGACGAGCAGGGCAAGAGGAAUUUCUCCAAAGCCAUGGCCGUGGCCAAGCAGGUGUUCAACAGCCUGACCGAGUACAUCCAGGGUCCCUGCACCGGGAACCAGCAGAGCCUGGCCCACAGCCGCCUCUGGGACGCCGUCGUCGGAUUCCUGCACGUCUUCGCUCACAUGAUGAAAAAACUGGCACAGGACUCGUCCCAGCUGGGGCUGCUGAAGGAGCUGCUGGACCUGCAGAAGGACAUGGUGGUGAUGCUGCUGUCCCUGCUCGAAGGGAACGUGGUGAACGGCACGAUCGCGCGGCAGAUGGUGGACAUGCUGGUGGAGUCCUCCAGCAACGUCACCAUGAUCCUCAAGUUCUUCGACAUGUUCCUCAAGCUGCGCGACAUCGUCUCCUCCGACGCCUUCCGCCACUUCGUCACCGACCCGCGCGGCCUCAUCUCCAAGAAGGAUUUCCAGAAGGCCAUGGACAGCCAGAAGCAGUACGAGCCCGAGGAGAUCCAGUUCCUGCUCUCCUGCUCCGAGGCCGACGAGAACGAGAUGAUCGACGUGGAGAGCUUCGCCCAGCGCUUCCAGGAGCCGGCGCGCGACAUCGGCUUCAACGUGGCCGUGCUGCUGACCAACCUGUCGGAGCACGUGCCGCACGACCAGCGCCUCAAGACCUUCCUGGAGCAGGCCGAGAGCAUCCUGGAUUAUUUCCGGCCCUUCCUGGGCCGCAUCGAGAUCAUGGGGGCGGCGCGGCGCAUCGAGCGCAUCUACUUCGAGAUCAGCGGCGCCAACAAGGCGCAGUGGGAGAUGCCGCAGGUGAAGGAGUCCAAGCGGCAGUUCAUCUUCGACGUGGUCAACGAGGGCGGCGAGGCCGAGAAGAUGGAGCUCUUCGUCAACUUCUGCGAGGACACCAUCUUCGAGAUGCAGAUCGCCUCGCGCAUCUCCGAGGAGGAGGCGCCGCGCGACGAGGAGGAGGAGGAGGAGGAGGAGAGGGAGGAAGAGGAGCCGGCGGAGGAGGUGGCAGAGCAGGUGGGGGAGGGGCAGAAGGAGGAGGAGCCCCCGGCCGAGGCCGAGAAAGCCGAGUAA